AUGGCUGCCCCUCCGAGCACGUCGGCCCAGGAAGCCUGCUCAGAGCUUUUGGGCCGCCCGUGUCUGCACUGCGACACGUCUAACGACUUGCCGCUGAGGCCCUACGCUCCGCACCUCGUGAGCUGGCCCGAGCUGGGAAACGAGCCUCAGUGGCUCGCGGAUCGGCUGGGGACAAGCGAGCGAUGCUCUCUUUUGGACCUCGACCAUGCUUGGCUGCUGCCGCCACCGAGCUUCGACGAGGCCGUGGAGACAGAGGGGGGGCCCACGUUGUACAUGGACCCUGUGCUGGAGCGGAACAGGCCGCUCUACCUUGAAUUCAUCCAGUCGGGCAUCUCGCGGGGCGUCUUCGUCUUAGGGGAAGAGAGGACCGAGGACGUCUCCGCAUUCUUCGUGGCUAAGAAGGACGAGCGGAUCAGGACGGUGCUGGACUGCAGGCGUAGCAACCAGCGGUUUCAGCCUCCUCCGUCGGUCAGCCUGUUCUCCGCCGCGGGGUUCGCGGACCUCGAGGUGCCGAAGGACACGCCCCUCUACUACGCGGGGGUGGAUGUCCAGAACGCGUUCUACCAGCACAAGCUGCCGGCCUACCUGCGGUCGUACUUCUGCUUGCCGAAGGUCACCGCGGGCGAGCUUGGCAUCAGCAGGCUUGACGGGCGGCGUGUCCCGCCCUGGGCCUGCCUUUACCCACAACUUGCCGUUGUUCCCAUGGGGUGGAGCUGGGCACUCUUCUUCGUUCAGAAGGCUCACGGGCGGACGCUGGGCCAGCGCGACGCCCUGAGGCCCGAUCGGCGGGCGGUCGACUUCGUGCCGGUCCCCAGCCCGCUCGAGGAGCCCAUCCACUCGCUGUGCGUCGACAACGUGCUCGUGGUCGGCGCCGACCGCGAGGCCGUGACCAGGGUCAGGCGUGAGGCCUCCCAGGCUCUGGAGGGCUCGGUCCCGGCCGUCCACGACGAGACCGACGCCGCCGAGAGCAUGGCCAUGCUCGGCGGGCAGCUGCAUGGAUCGCCUGCCCGCGCCACCUUGGCGCCACGGAGGUUCUGGAAGCUGUGCGUGGGGCUCGGCUACUUGGUUCAGCGGCGCCCUCGCGUCACCAGCCGCGACGUCGAGCACGUCAUCGGCCACUGCACGUUCGCCGCGCUGUGUCGGCGUGAGGGCUUGAGCUGCUUCAGCGCCGUCUACUCGUUCGUCCAGCAGAGUUGCCAGCGCGCCAGGCCCCUCUGGGCGUCGGCGCGGCGCGAGUUCAGGAUCUUCCGCGGCUUGCUGGUCGCGCUCGUCUCGGACCUCGACGCCGAGUGGUCCACCAAGGUCGUCAUGGCUGACGCCUGCGAGACGGGCCACGCCUCUGUCGAGGGCGAGUGGGGCCUCUCCGAGGCCGCCGAGCUCGAUGCACACCCGUCUGUUCUGUUGCGCCAGGGUCUCGCCAACGAACGAUUCCCUGAAGUGUCGACGCACGCCAUCCGCCGCAUCAGCUGGUCGACCAUGCACUACUCGCCACUCUUCGGCAAGGGGUCCAUGCAUCGUAAGGAGGCAAGGGGUGACUUACAUGCCGUGAAGCUGAUCCUGUCGGACGCGGACUCCUGGGGGAAGAGGGUGCUGCAGGGCGCGCUGCAUCUGGGGCCAGCUGGCGCGCUGCCGCGGCGCGCGGGCGUCAGCUUCGGCACCGCCGCAGCUCGGCGCGGGGCCCCGGGGGCGACAGUCGGCUCGGCAGCGGCUGGCCCGCGUCCCCAGCGGGCCCGCCAGGACUCGAGCGCAGCCCCGCCGCUGGCAGCCGCGCGCCCGCUGCGGCCCCGCGGCCUCGCGGCGCCGCCGUCGGCCAGGCGGCUGAAGCGCAGCGCGGCUGGGAGUGGCCCGACAGCGCAGGCCCCUCCGCGGCCCUCGGCGGCUCCGACGCCGGCGCGCCGCAGCUCGGGCCCCCUGGGCUCGCCCGCCUUGCGCCGCCGCGAGGCUCUGACGCGACGUCCGUCGGUGGUGCUGGCGGCCCCGCGCAGCAUCCCCCUGCGGGAGCUGCCGCGCUCUGUGCAGCGCCGCCUGGACGCUGGGGAGCAGGCGCGGGGCACCACCCGCCAGCUCUCCAUCACCGAGGCUGCCGCGGUGGGACGGCGGAGCCGACUGCAGUACACGCGGCUGCUCGAGCUGUUCCUCAGGCGCAGCCGCCUGACGUCUCUGGCUGCGCCUGCUGCCGACACGGACGCCGCGGUGGUGAGGUUCUUCGACGAGCUGUGCCUCGAGGGGAAGGUCGCGUCGACGGGCGAGAAGCUCCUCGCCGCCAUCUUCAUGCACGUGCCCGACUACCAGAGCAAGGGGAAGCUGGCCCUGCCGCGCGCCUACCGCGCGCUGCGAGGCUGGCGCCUGCUGCGGCCAUCGCGGACGCGGCGCCCGCUGCCCUGGGCGGCUUGCAUGGGCGUGGCGCGCCAGAUCUGGAGGAUCAGCGGCCGCCCCGCCCUCGCAGUGUUCUGGCUCCUGAUGGUGGACACGUACCUGAGGCCUGGCGAGGCGUUCCGCCUGACCUGCGGCCAGGUGAUCCCUCCGCAGGCGCACGUGCCCAAGGUGACGAUCCACAUCAACCCCGACUACAUGAAGAGGCCGAGCAAGACUGGCGAGAUGGACGAGACCGUGGACGUGGCACGUCCGUGGCUGGGCAGCCUUCUGGUUCGGCUAGCCCAGGGGCCGCCCAGCGCCCCCCUGUGGACGUUCGCCAUGGCGGAGGCCAAGGACGUGUUCGAGCGCGCGACUCGCGCGCUGCACCUGGACAAGCUGCUGCCCGUGCUCUACGCAGCCCGACGCAGCGGCGCGUCCAUCGACCGCUUCACGGGGAGGAUCUCGUUGCAGGAGGUCCAGCGGCGCGGCCGCUGGCGCCAGCCGAGCUCGGUCAGGCGCUACGAGAAGCGCGGGCUCAUCCAGGCGGUGUGGAGCGAGAUGGAGCCCUCAGCCAAGGCAUGCUGCCUCCAGGCCGAGGCCGAGCUGCCCUCGCUGCUCGGCGCCGCCUCGCUAUCCGCCAACGCUU